AUGAGGACAUAUCACAAUAACACCAGCGAUGAGGAUGAACAGCCUGGCGUCCUCUCCUCCUCGCAUCCCUACCAUUACUACAACGACACCAGCGAUGAGGAUGAACAGCGCGGCAUCCUCUCCUCCUCGCAUCCCUACCAUUACUACAACGACACCAGCGAUGAGGAUAAACAGCGCGGCGUCCUCUCCUCCUCGCAUCCCUACCGUUACUACAACGACACCAGCGAUGAGGAUGAACAGCACGGCAUCCUCUCCUCCUCGCAUCCCUACCAUUACUACAACGAUACCAGCGAUGAGGAUAAACAGCGAGGCGUCCUCUCCUCCUCGCAUCCCUACCAUUACCACAACAACACCAGCGAUGAGGACGAACAGCGCGGCAUCCAUCACCAGCCUUUGUUGUGGCGUCCAGCGCGGCGUCACGUCGCGCUGUUCAUCCUCAUCACUGCUGUUAUUGUGGUAAUGGCUAAGGGCGAGUAUGAUCCAGAGAGCUUCUUCGUGUGCUUCAUGUCUGUACUGAACGCAGGCGAGACAACAGGUCGUGCACUCAGCUUUGGGCCCAAUGUCGCUCAAGUCCGUGCAGCUGCCAAUCGUAUCCUUGGACUGAGGGAUAGUCAAGUCAGGGACGGCCCUGAAGCUACCGGCGCACCGUUCGUUUCUCAUGGCGAUGGUAUGAAGAUUGAACUGGACAACAUUCACUUCAAGUAUCCUACUCGUGACGUGCCUGUAUUCCAGGGUCUCAGUCUUACGAUUGAGAAGGGCCAAUUCGCUCCUCUUGUUGGUGCGUCGGGGAGCGGAAAGAGUAGCAUAGUCUCUCUCCUCGAAAGAUUCUACGAUCCUGAUCACGGUCGCAUCCUCUGCAAUGGUCAAGACAUCGCUGCCAACAAUGUCUACACAUACCGCCGUCAUCUCUCUCUAGUUACUCAAGAGUCAAGUCUGUUCCAAGGCACCUUACGGGAGAACAUCCUUCUUGGCGUCGAAGAUACGGUCGACGACGCAAAUGUCCAUCGCAUAUGUCAAGAAGCGUCCAUCCACGAGUUUAUCGUGUCUCUCCCAGAAGGCUACCGAACUCAACUUGACAACAUCACAUCUCGUCUAGCAGCACUCAUCAAGUUCAGCACCCCAGACCAAGAGCAUGCGAUACUCCCCAUUUACCUUCAGAAGUCAAAAUGGGUCGUCGCUUCAAUGCUAGCGGUCUUGAAAGCCGGCCAUGCCUUUACGCUUAUUGAUCCGAAUGAUCCGCCUGCUAGAGUAGCGCAGGUCGUUGGGCAGACGGGCGCGACAGUUUCGCUUACUUCCAAGCUUUACAGUAGUAAAGUACGAGGCAUUGUUGGACGCUGCAUUGUUAUUGACGAUGAGCUUGUUCAAUCACUCAUUUGCACCUGCGCCUCGAAGCAAGAUCUUGUACUUGCUGCGGUUGCUCCUGAGGACCUAGCCUACGUGAUCUUCACAUCUGGUAGCACAGGCGAUCCAAAGGGCAUCAUGAUCGAGCAUCGCGCCUUUUCAGCCUACGCUCUCAAAUUCGGUUCCGCACUCGGUAUCAACAGCGACACGCGCGCUCUUCAAUUCGGAUCUCAUGCAUUCGGCGCGUUUCUUCUUGAGAUCAUGACGACGUUGAUCCACGGCGGUUGCGUGUGUAUUCCCUCUGAUGACGACCGCAUGAACAAUUUUCCUGCUUUCGUGAAUCGGGCCAACGUCAAUUGGAUGAUGGCUACUCCGUCGUAUAUGGAAACGUUUCAGCCUGAUGAUGUCCCUGGGCUACAGACUCUGGUGCUUGUUGGUGAGCAGAUGUCGCCGUCUGUCAACGCCAUUUGGGCGCCGAGCGUUCAACUCUUGGAUGACUACGGUCAGAGCGAGAGUUCUUCGAUCUGCUUCGUUGGAAGCAUCAGUUCAUCUGGUGUUGAUUCAAACAACAUUGGUCACUCGGUCGGCGCGCACUCUUGGAUCACUGAUCCCAGUGAUCCAAAUCGUCUAGUCCCGAUCGGCGCAAUCGGUGAACUUGUGAUUGAGAGUCCAGGAAUUUCGCGCGACUACAUCAUUCCUCCACCAACAAAGAAGUCACCUUUCUUCUCAACAGUUCCAGCAUGGUAUCCCUCUAAACACCUACCUGAUGGAUUGAAGUUCUAUCGAACUGGUGAUCUUGCGCGUUAUGCAUCUGAUGGCACUGUUGUUUGUCUCGGCCGCAUAGACUCGCAGGUCAAGAUCAGAGGACAGCGCGUUGAGCUUGGAGCAGUGGAGACUCACCUCAGACAGCAAUUGCCUGACGAUAUGUCUAUUGUUGUUGAAGCUGUCAAGACAUCGGACUCGCCUACGAGCACUGUUCUCGUUGCAUUUUUGAUCGCCUCUCAUGAAACCAAGGCUGCAGGAGAUGGCACGAUUCUUGAUCUUGCUGCGACUAAGGACAUAAGUGCAAAGCUGGAGCAAGUCCUUUCGCGCCAUUCUAUCCCAUCGUGCUACAUCAGCAUGCAGCAUCUUCCUCGCACUGCGACCGGCAAGGUUAACAGACGAAAGCUUCGCUCUAUUGGUAGCGAAUUGUUGGCCCAGCAGCCCCAAGGAACAAGCCCACAACCAUCUCAAUUGAGCUGUCCAGCAAACAGCAGCCAAUCCAAGCUGGAGGAGGUUUGGUGUCAAUGCCUGGGCCUCGAACCCAGCGCUUCCAACAUUGGGUCAACCUUCUUUGAGCUCGGAGGCCACUCCAUCACUGCUAUCAAGAUGGUCAACAUGGCUCGGUCAACUGGCAUUGAGCUCAAGGUCUCUGACAUAUACAAGAACCCUACGCUCGCUGGCCUUGAAACUAUCAUCAACGGUAGCGCUGUUCCGUACGCGCUCAUCCCAGCGACCACUCGCGAUGGGCCUGUUGAACAGUCCUACCCUCAAGGCCGACUCUGGUUCCUGGAUCAGCUCGAGGUUGGCGCUCUAUGGUACUUGAUUCCGUACGCUGUUCGGAUGCGAGGAUUGGUAGACGUUGAUGCUUUGAGUCGAGCUCUGAUGGCCUUGGAACAGCGCCACGAGACCCUGAGGACUACUUUCGAGGACCGCGACGGCGCGGGUGUACAGAUUAUUCACCAAACCCUGUCCAAAGAAUUGAGAAUUGUCGAAGCCAUAGACGGCGACUACCUCCGACUCCUUGAGCAAGAGCAGACCACUCCAUUCGAUCUCACCUCCGAAGCAGGGUGGAGAGCGCUCCUCAUCCGCCUGACGGAUACUGACUACGUUCUUUCUAUCGUCAUGCACCAUAUCAUCUCCGACGGCUGGUCAAUCGACGUUCUCCGCCACGAUCUCAGCCAACUCUACGCCGCAGCUCUUCAAGGCCACGAUCCCCUUUCAGCCAUGAACCCUCUCCCCAUCCAGUACAGCGACUUUGCCAUGUGGCAGAAGCAAGAAGCUCAAGCUCUCAAACAUGAGAAGCAGCUUGACUACUGGAAGAAACAACUCGCUGAUUGUUCGCCGGCCAAGUUACCCACUGACUUCCCUCGGCCGGCCCUUCUAUCCGGUGAAGCUGGUGUUGUGCCAGUCUCUAUCGAUGGGGAACUGUACCAUAACCUACGUGACUUCUGCAACGAGAACAACACCACCUCAUUCGCCGUGCUACUCGCUACUUUCCGCGCAGCGCACUAUCGUCUUACAGGCGUUGACGACGCUGUCAUCGGCACACCUAUCGCCAACCGUAAUCGCUGGGAACUUGAGAACAUCAUCGGCUUCUUCGUCAACACGCAGUGCAUGCUUAUUAACUAG